UUCAUGAAAUAUGAACCAUCUUUUCCUAAAUAUAGAGGAAGUGGCUGUGACAAACGCCGCAGCUUGUCUGGGAUUUAAACAGAUACAGAAUCGGUUCCUCCUGUUGAGUGUUUUUUCUCGUGAAGAAAGAAGAAAUUGUCAGAGCAAAAUGAAACAAAGAAAAGACAGCAGCCGCUAGAGGAUGUUCAGGUCAUCAGCAGGGUUUUCCUCCAGAGGAGUGAUCCGGCAGCUGUCCUGAGGAGGAGCGGGUACUGAAACAUUCAUGUCGACAGGGAGGCAGACACAACAAGCUGUCCCGAGCUGCUCAUCUUCUGGAUUUUACUUUUAAUUUAUGCAACAGCAGCAGCCAGACACAAAGCUGUCCGGUCCACAGCAUCACACCCGGUGUUCAACACAGAAUUAUCCAACCCUCCAGUCCUGCUCAUGCAAAGAUGAGCUGGGCUGCUGGUACUCAGUGUGUAGCUAAGGGGGACAACAAGAAACCAAAACCUGGUGAACUGGCCUAUCACAAAGGAGAUAUCAUCACUAUUGUUGACACAAGCACGAAAAAGGGAUACUACAAGGCCAAACAUAACACCACAGGAGAGGAGGGACUCAUAAACUCCACCAAUGUGCGUGAAAGAGAGGCUCUGCGUGUGGACCCCAGCCUCAGUCUCAUGCCUUGGUUUCACGGGAAGAUCUCCGGUCCAGAGGCGGUGUGUAAGCUGCAGCCGGCUGAGGACGGCCUGUACCUGGUCCGAGAGUCCAUUAGACAUCCGGGCGACUACGUCCUAUGUGUCAGUGUCUCUGGAGAGGUCAUCCACUACCGUGUGAUUUAUCAGGACAACAAGCUGACCAUCGACAACAUGCAGUAUUUCUACAACCUCAUUGACAUGAUAGAGUUUUACUCAAAGAACAAAGGCUCCAUUGCUACAACUCUUCUGAAGCCCAAACAAAAACAAGGAACCAAGUCAGCUGAGCUCGAGCUGUCGAAAACUGGAUGGUUGCUGGACAUUACAAAGCUCAAACUGGGGGAGAAUAUCGGAGAGGGGGAGUUCGGUGCUGUUUAUGAAGGAGAGUAUAUGGGCCAGAGGGUGGCAGUAAAGACCAUUAAAUGUGAUGUCACAGCUCAGGCCUUCCUGCAGGAGACCACAGUCAUGACGAAACUCCAACAUAAAAAUUUGGUGCGGUUGUUGGGAGUCAUUCUUCACAAAGGGCUUCAUAUUGUCACAGAGCUCAUGACUAAGGGAAACCUUGUUAACUUUCUCAGGACGAGGGGACGUUCAGUCGUAAACUCGGCCCAGCUGCUCCGCUUUGCUCUUGAUGUGUGUGAGGGGAUGGAAUACCUGGAGUCCAAGAAGUUGAUUCACAGAGAUUUGGCAGCUCGUAACGUGCUGGUCUCUGACGACAACGUGGCCAAGGUCAGCGACUUUGGUCUGACCAAGGUGGACUCAAAAGUGUCAGAUAACGCCAAACUGCCAGUCAAAUGGACGGCACCCGAAGCUCUGAAAAAAGAGAAAUUCUCCACAAAGUCAGAUGUUUGGAGCUACGGUGUUCUGCUGUGGGAGACCUUCUCUUAUGGACGUCAACCUUACCCCAAGAUGUCUCUGAAGGAGGUGAAGGAGAGAGUGGAGGGGGGCUAUCGCAUGGAGUCUCCAGAGGAAUGUCCCCCUGGUGUUUACUCCCUGAUGAGGAUAUGCUGGGAGCAGGAGCCACGCAAGAGACCCACUUUCCACAAACUGAGGGAGAAACUUGAGCGAGAAAUGGGUAAAUGCAGCCCGGGUCCUGGGUCGUAGCGUCUGGAGGGGAUCAAGUCUGGAUCAAGAUGCUGAUCUUGGUUUUGGAUCUCAGUGGAAAUAAACUGUUGGACAGCUAAUCUACAUUACUGCCACCACCUGCAGUGCUGGUGUGCAUCAAACAAGUGAUGGUGAUGGUACGCAGUGGAGUAAAUGUUCUUAUAAACUUAACCAUUCCAGCAGCAUUUCUUUAACGUAACAGAUCAGACAAGACAAUCGUUACAUAACUCUGGUCAUCAUGUAAUGCCAGCGAGAAAAUGUUACACGGCUGAAGCCAUGAACAUAAAUUAAACUUUGCUGCAGUAGUAUGAUCAUUCUCAGUAUCAGAUUUGCUAUCAGCAAGACUCUGUGGAUGCCAGUCUUUCGGCCAGACUUUGAUCCAGACCGAAAUAUCUCAACAGCUAUUUGAUGGAUUUCCUUGAAACUUUGUACAUUCAUGAUCCCUGGUGGACGUGUCCAAAUAACUUUUUACAUUUAAAAAACAAAUUAUUUUUGACUACAACGUCUCAAUGUGAUUCCAGUUGGACUUUAAAGGGGAAGAUAUCUCACAAGCAUUUACAAACAAUGCAAACAUGAAACCCAUUAUAAUUCAUCCCGCCUACAUUGUUUACAUAUCAUUAAAAACACAUUGAAAAAAAUAGACUUUAAUUGAAAGAUAUAUGCCUUCUCUUUGGGAGAUGAUGUAACACAUUGUUGUUUUUCAUGGGAUUUGUUGACAAUCACACAAAUGCAGAAUAUCUUCAGCCUCAUUUUAAACGGUAUUGUACACCACCAUACACCAACCAAAACCAUAAUGUGUACUGUACAUGAUGUGUCAUAUGUUUGAAUGUCAGUUCAAUCAUUCAGGUAAGAGUUUAUUGCCAUAUGAAUAUUGUACCUUUAUGAUCAGAAGGCUACAGUUUUGAGUAAAUUCAGAUGCUUAAUGUCAGGUCAGAAAAAUGUGUAUAGGAGGAAGACGCAAAGGAGAAGAAAAUUUAUCCUGGAUUUAAUAACAGUUUAACCAAAUCUGCUUGUAUCCCAGUGUUAAUGCUCAGCAAUAUGCUGUGGGCUCAGGGCUUAAUAUGACAAAUGUAUAAUAUUAUUCCUGGUAUAUAGUAAGAAAAAAUGGUCAGCAGUUUGCUGUGCAGAAAAGAUUUGGAGGGUUUGUCAUUUGUCAAUAAUUCUUAUUUUUUUGACUUAAUGAACUUUGUCAUGUAUUUAUUUUUCUUCCCCAUCUAGUUUUAUCACCCCAGCAUACGUCGGGUGGACUUCAAUUUAAUUUAUUCUAAUUAAAUUUGUUUCAUUAGACUAAAUCUAUAGGAAAUGUGGUAUUUAAUACUUCAUCUUCUUCCCUCUUUAUUAUUUUUGAGAGGAGUGGUCUUCCUGUCCUCUUUGGAACUUUUGGGCUUUUUGUAGGUACAGAUUUUUUUUUCUGCUUUCCUGCAGAUGUUUAUUUUUCAUACACAGUUAUGUAUUCUAUUUAUUAAAGUAUAUGUAUCACUCAUACAUUUGUAAGCUGCUUUUGAAUAGAAAUGCAAUGAAAUACACUUUCAGUUCAAACCUAACCAAAA